AUGUCAUCUGCUCUUUUAGAUGGUUUACUGAUUGACAAAAAAUAUUCCAGCCUUGGAAGGCGCAUAUUUGACAUUUACCUUCAGCGAGAGCGGGUGCUGAAGGAUUUCAAUAUUGAAAGUGAAGCCGUUGGUGUUGGUAAGGCAAUCAUAAGAAAUUUUGUUGCAGCAGUCACUAAUGGUACGUUGGAAAUCCGCUUCUACUGGGCUGGAAAAGGGACAACAGCUAUCCCUGUUAGAGGUGUAUAUGGUCCUCUAAUUUCAGCUAUUUCUGUGGAUCCUGCGGAUUUUGUUCGAUUUUCAGAACAUGGAAAAAGUUUAUCAGCAGGUUAUGUGGCUGGAAUUGUGGUUGCAGUUGCAUUCAUUACCUUCGUGAUUCUGGGAAUCCUUUGGUGGAAAGCAGGCUGCCUGCGAUUGAAUGAUACAAUGGAUAAAGAUCUGAAGGGUCUUGACCUACCGACUGGUUCAUUUACCAUACGACAAAUAAAAGCUGCCACAAACAAUUUUGAUGCUGCUAAUAAGAUUGGAGAGGGUGGUUUUGGCCCUGUUUACAAGGGACUUUUGUCAGAUGGCACUAUAAUUGCUGUGAAGCAGCUUUCCUCCAAAUCGAAGCAAGGAAACUGUGAAUUUUUUAAUGAAAUAGGCAUGAUUUCUGCGUUGCAGCACCCUCAUCUUGUAAAGCUCUAUGGGUGCUGUAUUGAAGAAAAUUAAUUGUUGCUAGUAUACGAGUAUAUGGAAAAUAACAGUCUUUUUCGUGCUUUAUUGGGUAAACUUAAUACACAUGCUUUGCUUUAUUGCUUUUGGUAUCAGACCACAAAUAGACAGACAGACAUUAUUUAUGCAUGUAUGCUUUAGCUGAUUAGUUAUGUUUUUGGUAUC